GGCGGCCGCGCGUGCGCCGUGGGGGCGGCGGGGGUCGGAGCGGGUCGGAGCGGGUCGGGUCGCGGCGAGGCGGGCGGCGCCAUGUUGUGCUGCCGCCUGGCCGCCCUCGGGGCGCGGCGGCACCUGCGGCCCCUCGGCCCCGCCGCAGGCAACUUGUUGCAGCGCUGGAAUGUUCCCAUAGGACUACAGAUGAGCAGACAAGUGGCUAGCUCUGAUGUGCCUGGGGGCAAAGGCAGUAGUUCUGUUUUUGCCCUUAUUAUGGGCUUGUCAACGUUAGGAGCGGGUGUAUAUGUGUACAAAACAUUGAGAGAAAACAAAGAGCGAUUCACCAGCCGUGUCACAACAAUAACAGCACGAUCCCAAGAAAAUGCAUCGUCUCCUUCUGGUGCUGCUUCUCGGGACUCAGCAGCUCCAGAAGCUCACCCUGAGGUCCCAUCUCAUGUUCCUUUCCUGCUAAUUGGUGGAGGAACUGCUGCUUUUGCUGCUGCCCGGUCCAUUCGGGCUCGUGACCCUGGUGCCCGGGUGCUGAUUGUGUCUGAAGAUCCUGCAUUGCCCUACAUGCGUCCACCCCUUUCCAAAGAGCUGUGGUUUUCAGAUGAUCCAAAUGUGACGGAGACUCUGCGAUUCAAACAGUGGAAUGGCAAGGAGAGGAGCAUAUAUUUCCAGCCGCCGUCAUUCUAUGUGCCUGCUCGCGAUCUGCCUUUUGUAGAAAAUGGUGGAGUAGCAGUUCUCUGUGGCAAGAAGGUUGUUCAUAUGGAUGUUAGAGGCAACAUGGUGAAACUCAGUGAUGGUACCCAGAUAUCCUAUGACAAAUGUCUGAUUGCCACUGGUGGUUCCCCGAGGAAUCUGCCCGCCAUUGAAAGAGCAGGAAAAGAUGUCCAGCAAAGGCUGACACUGUUCCGAAAGGUCGAGGACUUCAAAAGUCUGGAGAAGAUUUCAAGACAAGUCAAAUCCAUCACAGUUAUUGGUGGUGGCUUUCUUGGCAGUGAGCUGGCCUGUGCUCUGGGAAGAAGAGCACGAACCAGAGGCCUGGAGGUGAUUCAGCUGUUUCCAGAAAAUGGCAAUAUGGGCAAAGUCUUGCCUGAAUAUCUGAGCAACUGGACCACAGAGAAAGUCAGAAGAGAGGGUGUUAAUGUUAUGCCUAAUGCCGUGGUCAAGUCUGUCUCUGUCUCUGGAAAUCGACUGAUGAUUAAACUAAAAGAUGGCCGAAAGGUGGAGACCGAUCAUAUCGUGGCUGCAGUAGGGUUGGAGCCUAAUGUGGAAUUAGCGAAGUCUGCUGGUCUGGAGGUGGAUUCUGACUUUGGAGGAUUCCGGGUCAAUGCAGAGCUGCAGGCACGCUCCAAUAUCUGGGUGGCUGGGGAUGCUGCCUGCUUCUAUGAUAUUAAACUAGGUAGGAGACGUGUAGAGCACCACGAUCAUGCCGUUGUGAGUGGAAGGCUAGCUGGAGAAAAUAUGACAGGAGCUGCAAAGCCCUACUGGCAUCAGUCCAUGUUCUGGUAAUGUUGAGUGCUUCUUUUGGUAUUUCUUAUUUGACCACGUUGUAGGAGCUAUGACAAGAUACACCUUGUAAACUUUCUGUUUUCUGAUUGCACUUUCGCUGUAUCUCUUCUAAAUUAUUUAAAAAUAAUAAGAAAAAAAAAGUCUGCUAGCUCAAAAUAUAUCAGAAAUAUAGCGCUAGCAUUAAUUUAAAUAUGGGGAAAGGGCUUUUACUCUUCUGGGAAAAAAUCGCUCAAAAAUAACUAUGAUGUGCCAUCAUUUAUCUGGACGUUUGGUCUCUACUGUAUAGACUCUGGACACAGAAGAGUUUAUUAACUGUUAAACAAGGAUACA